AUGGAAUCCAUUAAUACUGAUUCAGAAAGUAGUGAUAAAUGUAACAUAAAUGGAGACUGCUCUCCGAUAACGGACAAUGAAAGCAAAAACUUUAAUCACGCGAAAAAUAUCGAUGAUAUCUCUACACCUUCCGAGUUAAAAUUUGACGAAGAAUUCGAAUUCGAGAGCUUCGAAAUAAUUGAAAAACGAAAGGAUAUAGAAAAGUGUCUUGCAAAUCCGGACCUUGUAAAUUUGGAGCAAUGGCAGAACUUCGCUAAAAGUAAAGGGGGUUUAAUUUGUGAUAAAUAUAGAAGAAAGAUAUGGCCACUGCUAGUUGGAGUAACUCAAGAGGAAAUGACUGAUCCACCCUCACUGGACGAGCUCUCUACACACCCGGAAUACAACCAAGUUGUGCUGGAUGUGAAUAGAUCCCUCAAAAGGUUUCCGCCCGGGAUUCCGUAUGAGCAAAGAGUAGCUCUACAAGACCAGCUUACAGUUCUUAUACUGAGAGUGAUAAUUAAAUAUCCACACCUCAAAUAUUAUCAGGGCUACCACGACGUAGCCAUCACUCUCCUUCUAGUAUGCGGAGACCGCGCGUCGUUCCCGCUGCUGUGUCGCUUGUCGUACGGCCCGGGGGCUCCGCUGGCGCCCUUCAUGCAGACCACGAUGCAGCCCACGCAGCACCUUCUCAACUACAUGCUGCCAAUACUGAGACGAGCUGAUCAUGGACUCGCUGACUGUCUGGAUAAAGCUGGUGUGGGCACUAUGUUCGCUCUGCCGUGGUACUUGACGUGGUUCGGUCACAGUCUGAACCGGUACUCGGACGUGGUGCGUCUCUACGACUACUUCCUGUGCGCGCCGCCCCUGUUUCCGGUGUACGUGACGGCCUCCAUCGUGCUGCAGCGGGCCGCUGAUGUUUACCAGUGUGACUGCGACAUGGCCAUGAUGCACUGCCUUCUGUCCAGGUCUUUACUUACCUCUCUGUUCCAACAGUUACCAGAUGACUUGCCGUUCGAAGACAUCCUGGUGACGGCCAAGAAGAUAUACGACGAGAACGACCCCACCGACCUUGAAGCUGAGGUCGCCGCGCUGGAGAAACGAGAAGAAGAGCAGCGCAAGUUGGACGAGGAGCGCAUGCGGCGGCGUCAGGAGGAGCGGCGGCGGGGCGCGGCCGGCCGAGGUGCAGGCCGGGGCUGGUGGGUGCUCCGCCGGCCGGCCCACCGGCGCGCCGCCCUGGCGCUCACGGCCGCGCUGCUCGCCAUCUACGUGUACUACCGGCCGGAGCUGUUCAGGUAG